AUGGGGACGCCUACGAGACGAAGGGUCACUCCCGCAAUUGGUCGCAGGCCGCAAAGGGGAGUACCGACACCACUGGGUCCUCGCGGGGUAAGGAAAGGGGAAAUCGGCCGCCAUCGCAAAAAGCUAUGCUCUCAAGAGCUUUACAAAAGGCGAAUACGGCAGCAUUCAUAUGCGGAGGCGUGUGAGCUGCUGCACCAGGUGCUUGCUAGGACAUCCACUGAGGAGGACAGACGAAAGUUGGAGGCGAUCCGUCGGACAUACACCAGUCGCAUUGAAGAAUUGGAUCAAAUGGUUCCGGUGCGGCAAGCUACGGAAAGCAAAGCACUGCCGGCUAGACCAGAAAGCCUCGGCCUGCGCUUGAACCCUACCUUACAGUUCGACGACGACGAUGAAGAAUUGGAGGAUACGGAUGGGUUAGAGACUGCGACACUGACCAGGAUAUUGAGGGAGGGAAAUCAACAAGCAGCCAGCUACAGUGGUUCUAGUCUGACCAUUUCACGAAUGCAUGGUCUGGGGGAUCGACAAAGGAGUACUUCUGCAAGGUUGCCGGAUCAGUAUCCCUUGCAGUCCUCCUUCUCACGAUCUCCGCUUCGGGAUCGUGCAUCAGACGAUCAACUCAUCUUCCAAAUACCCACAGACGAUGCCUACAUGCCACCGCCACUCUCACCUAGACGUCUCUCGUCACCCAACCCUGACGGCCAAGGUAGUCCCGAUGGACCCAUCAGGUCCGAUUUCUCCCUAUCAGCAAGACGGACUAGCCAGAGUUCUCGACAUGUCAGGGACUCAAGUCGUGAGUCCAAUUCAUGGUUGGACCCCAUCGAUGAGUCUGGAGGCUCCACAGCGUCCUCUGUUCAUUCCAGGUCGUCAUCUGCAGUUAUAAGGCGCAAGCACAUACGGGCUCCAAGUGGCGCAACGGAAGCAGAGUUUGACGCGGCGUUAGACGCUGCAGUCGAAGCAGCCUACGACGAUGGGUAUGAGCCGAUGGGCUUUUCUGAUCCAGAAACUCAAGGAUCGGAUGAUCCGAUUGUAGCGAAAGCCUUGAGAAAGGUUGAGCUGGCCAAAGAGCGGGUCCGCCAAACGGAGAGAGAAGCUAUUGCACAAGCCAAUGAGAGAGAGCGGCUUGCGCGAAUUCAAAUGGGCCAGCAGUCCGACGAAGGUGUCGUCCGUGAAGGCUUUUUCGAUGACGGAUCAUCAGACGAAGAGGAGCGCAUCCUUGACGAGAUCACUCGAGACUACUCGGUUGACGACUUCGCCUUUAAUUUGGCCUCUCAUCAGGCUGCAGCUAGGACUUCAGGCUCAAGUGAUUUGGUCCAGUCGUCCUGGCAGGCAUCCGUUACCCCGACCGAUGCCGUAGGUGCUGAUGUUUUCCCUCUUACCGAGCCCAUCACCACAAACAACUUUCCAAGUGUCGGAGGCCCUGCAGUUCCGCCACCAGCACAAGCUUUGCCAGAAUUGCCUGGUAAAAAGCCCUUAUCAGGGGCUACACCAUCGCCAGGCCCUGGGCAAAGUGUACGAAGCAGGCGGAUGUCAGGACAGAAUCCCAAGCAACUGAAGAUUGAAACUACCAAGCUUGCAAAUUUUACCGAUACUGGUCGACGAUACAGUGUUGCCCAGGCGUCGAGUGGAAUACAGGGGGUAGAUUUCGAACACCUUGCUAUCAACGGGCCUCCUGAUGCUGAUGCAGAUGGCUCAAUGGCUCGGCCAUAUUCGCCGCCUGAAGGCAUCAGUCCAACCCAGCCAGUGCCUCCUACACCUCCCCUCGGACACUCAAGAAGUCGGGACAGUGAAGACUUUACGGGCAGUCACUCUGGCUCGCCUUCAUUUCGACCUACGUUAAGAAAGAACUUCUCUUCCUCAAGCUUAAGAAGCAUGAAGAACCGGAACAUGUCUCUAUCGAACCUGGAUGAUACGUCUGACAUGUCUCCUGGCACCCCAUUAAGUACAGCUUUUGGCAUUAAUGGCAGGCAUCCGGCGAUGCCAACCUUGCCGACACCGUUGGCUGCUGCUUUUAAGGAGAAGUUCACGUCCAGCUCUGCUGGGGGUCUUUACUUGUUUGACGAUAGCCUACAUUCACCACAGAGCCCGGGGUCUCCAAACACACUUCAGCCAGAUGCCCCAAUUCCCCUAGAGCCGUGCCCAACAGACUAUAUGUUGAGGCCAUUUUGGUUAAUGCGAUGUCUUUAUCAGACGCUUGCACACCCUCGCGGAGGAUAUCUCAGCAAUAAGUUAUUCGUUCCACGCGACGUAUGGAAGGUGAAAGGCGUCAAGAUUCGAAAUCUGGAGGAUAAAGUGGCAACGUGCGACUACCUGACAGCUGCGCUAUUAAAGCUUGCGCGAGUCGACACAUGUGAUGCGGAUGCUGUCCUCGAAGAAAUGCAGGCUUUGGAGGGCAUUCUCGAACAAGUGCAAGUCGGGCUGACACGGAAAUUGGGCACAGAUGUUGGUGUGCAGAACUCCAGCAUGUUGUUUCGAGACGCUUCGAAUUCAGCAGAGCUUGAAGCCGCAAUUAGCGUGCCGCGUUCAGCCAGUGUGUCGGGAAAGUCCUCAUCCUUCUCAUGGCGGAGGCUGCGGUCCAAGAAUUCGGCAGCGGGCUUAAACAACUCUUUUAAUGCCAAGGGGAAUGGGAUAGAGAGCGGCAAGGAAUCUCCAGGCCUAGAAACGUUGCCCAUGACGGAACACCCAACGAGUCGCCCCUCUAGAAGGGAUCCUAGCAACGCGCAAUUUUCAGGGCCGAAUGCGAACUAUAUGGGGUCGCUGGCUCGAUUAUUCGACGCUGCUCAAACGAUUGACCAAAUCGCGCGCCAGGUUGAAGAUCCAGGCCUUCGGCAUGCCGACAAGACACAGGUUGGCCUUGAGCUGUGCACAAGACAUGCGGCAGAGUUUUUUGGCUUCUUCAUCUGUCGUUUUGUAUUCUUGGAUCUGCUCGAUGCAGAGGAACACACCUUGAUGCGCGGCCCCUUAGCGACGAGCGUGCGCUGUACGCGGGACCAAUUGGUCGGUAUUCCACGCCAAUUGCCACGAUUUCCCUCGUCAAGCAAGACGGCGCGUAUCUCCUUGCAAGGCAACAUUCCUGCGCAACGGUCAUGGCAGCGGAAGACGUUGAGAUGGAGUGGCUUCGAUCAUAGGAGAUCCUUUCACUGCGGUACACCGACCUUUGCUAAGCCUGCGGCACCGUCACGCUCUGCACUCGAGGAGCGAAUACUUUCGAUUCCGAUUCAACGAUACCGUAACUUUUGUAUCGUGGCCCAUAUCGACCAUGGCAAGAGUACGCUCAGCGACCGCCUUCUGGAGAUCACCGGUACAAUAUCUGCCAGUGACGCCAACAAGCAGAUUCUCGAUAAAUUAGAUGUCGAACGUGAACGGGGCAUUACUGUCAAGGCGCAAACUUGCACCAUGAUAUACAACUACAAAGGCGAAGACUACCUACUGCAUCUCGUUGACACUCCUGGUCAUGUCGACUUUCGAGCCGAAGUUACGCGAUCGUACGCCAGUUGCGGUGGUGCUCUGCUGCUAGUCGAUGCUAGUCAGGGCAUCCAGGCCCAAACUGUCUCUAAUUUUCAUCUUGCAUUCGCCCAGGACCUGGCUCUCAUUCCUGUUGUCAAUAAAAUCGAUAUGCCCUCCGCCGAUGUACCGAGGGUCCUCGAGCAGAUGCAUACGUCUUUCGAGUUGGAGCCUUCCACGGCUGUCCUUGUAUCAGCCAAGACUGGCAAGCACGUGGCCAACAUCCUUCCCGCCGUUGUAGAGAAGAUCCCGCAUCCUGUCGGCGAUGUUUCGAAACCUCUGCGCAUCCUGUUGGUAGAUUCGUGGUACGAUAAUUUCAGGGGCGUGAUCCUGCUUGUACGCGUCUUUGAUGGCCAGGUCAAGGCUGGCGACACUCUCAUCUCAUUCGCCACUGGCCACAAAUACACCGUCGGCGAGGUCGGGAUACAGUAUCCCAAUGCUGUCCCACAAAGUGUCCUUCGUGCUGGACAGGUAGGCUACAUCUACUUCAAUCCUGGUAUGAAGCGCAUUCAGGACGCCAAACUCGGCGACACCUUCACCACCGUCGGAUCGGAGGACAUUGUCCAGGCAUACCCGGGUUUUGAGGAACCAAAGCCAAUGGUUUUCGUCGCGGCCUUUCCCACCGAUCAGGGCGACUAUACGCGUCUCGCAGACAGCAUCAGCCAGCUUGUUCUGAAUGACAGGAGCGUGACCCUGCAGAAAGACUAUUCCGAGGCAUUAGGGGCAGGCUGGCGACUAGGCUUUCUAGGCAGCUUACACUGCUCUGUAUUCCAGGAUCGGUUGAAACAGGAACAUGGCGCCAGCAUCAUCAUCACGGACCCGACUGUGCCGACUAAAGUGGAAUGGGCGGAUGGGACCGAGACGAUCUAUCAGAACCCGGCUGAUUUCCCCAGCCAGGACGAGCACCGGAUGCGUGGUGCAACUGUCUUAGAACCAUUCGUUACUGCUACCAUGACUCUUCCAGAGGAGUACCUCGGCCGUGUCAUCGAGCUCUGCGAGAGCGUACGUGGCGAGCAAAAGAGCUUUGAAUUCUUUCAUGCCACACAGGUUAUCCUCAAAUACGAUAUCCCUGCAGCUCAACUCGUCGAUGAUCUGUUUGGUAAACUCAAAGGAGCAACAAAGGGAUACGCGACACUUGAUUACGAAGACUCUGGCUGGCGAGCGAGCCAGCUCACCAAGCUGCAGCUUCUCGUCAAUAAACAGCCCGUGGAUGCCAUUUGUCGUGUCAUCCAUACCUCACAGGCAGAGCGCCUCGGCAGGCAGUGGGUCACUAAAUUUAAGAAUCACGUCGAUCGGCAGAUGUUUGAGGUCGUUAUUCAAGCGGUGGCGGGCAGGAAGAUUGUUGCACGCGAAACUAUUAAGCCGUUUCGAAAAGAUGUGCUAGCAAAGCUUCAUGCUUCCGAUAUCACGCGCCGGAAGAAAUUGUUGGAGAAGCAAAAGGCCGGCCGUAAGCGACUUCGCGCCGUCGGCAACGUUGUCAUUGAUCAGUCUGCUUUCCAGAGCUUCCUCUCCAGGUGA